GAACGAUAUCAAAAAACAGCCCAGCCCACCCAAAUUUCAGCCCUUUCUUUCCUCACCAAGUUCGUUUAGGUGGUGGUUCGCAGGUCUCGACCCUUUCAGUCGAGGAUAUGGCCGCGGUAAGUCUACGGAAGGGGAACACGCGCCUGCCGCCGGAGGUCAAUCGUGUUCUAUAUGUCCGGAACUUGCCGUUCAACAUCACCAGCGAGGAGAUGUACGACAUCUUCGGCAAAUAUGGAGCCAUCAGGCAGAUCCGAAUCGGAACAAACAAGGACACCCGCGGCACCGCCUUCGUGGUCUACGAGGAUAUCUACGACGCCAAGACCGCCGUCGACCACCUCUCCGGAUUCAACGUCGCGAAUAGGUAUUUGAUAGUGUUGUACUAUCAGCACGCCAAGAUGAGCAAGAAGUUCGACCAGAAGAAGAAGGAAGAGGAGAUUCAGAAGCUUCAAGAGAAAUAUGGCGUUUCAUCCAAAGAUAAGUAGCGAGUGACAUGUCUAGCGUGCUUCACUCUUUACUGAUCUAUAGACUUGUAACUAAGCUGUGAGUGAGGAAAUCCCAUGAUAUCUGUAGUUCCUGUUCUAAGAUGUGGAAAACUGAUCAUUUCAAUGAAGCAUUCUGUGGGUUUUGUAUCUCUAAAUUAUCUUCUAGCAUUUUUUUCAUUAGUGUUGACUUAAAAAUGAAGCACAGCCAUAGGUUAAGGGUAGUUUCUAUAUUAGUUCUGAUUAUCAUAGCCAUAGCUGGGGCAAAUUGAAUUGCAGUAUCGAACCAUAUCCUCUCUCCUUUUUCCAUUUUUUCAUUUGGUUUGUCCCAGAAUGUUUUUCAAGUACCAGAUUUAGUUAUAUUCGCA